CACUAUAUUUGCAUAUUUUUUUUCCCUUCCUGUACCAAAGGCUCGUGAAGUGUGGACGCGUACUGCGCAUGCGCGGUAUCCUGGCCGGGCAGGAACUCUCGCUUGUCCCUUUACUUCAGAGCUUUUCCCCCCCACCUCCUCCCUCCUGUUCUGCCUGCGACACCGGUUUCCAUGUUCCUGGGUACGAGCUCGGGCACGGAACGUGGUCCGGCCGGUGAUGGUGAGAAACAGAGUGCAUCGCCUGCUGACUGCAAUCAAUAGGAGGAUGAUGAAGCUGCUCAUUGCACUCGCCCUGAUCGCCUAUGUUGCCUCUGUUUGGGGAAACUUUGUCAACAUGAGGUCACUCCAGGAAAACGGAGAACAGAAAAUGGAAAUGAAAAUAGAAGAGGUGAUUGCACCUUUAAGAGAAAAGAUAAGAGAUUUAGAAAAAAGCUUCACACAAAAAUACCCUCCUGUGAAAUUCUUGUCAGAAAAGGAUAGAAAGAGAAUUCUGAUAACAGGAGGUGCAGGAUUUGUAGGGUCACAUCUUACAGACAAGUUAAUGAUGGAUGGCCAUGAAGUCACUGUCGUCGACAACUUUUUCACCGGCCGUAAAAGAAAUGUGGAGCACUGGAUCGGUCACGAGAAUUUUGAACUUAUUAAUCAUGAUGUGGUUGAACCACUUUACAUUGAAGUGGACCAGAUUUACCACUUGGCUUCUCCGGCUUCUCCUCCAAACUAUAUGUAUAACCCCAUCAAGACACUAAAAACCAACACUAUUGGAACACUAAACAUGUUGGGAUUAGCAAAACGCGUUGGAGCUCGCCUUCUACUGGCUUCCACGUCAGAGGUCUACGGAGAUCCUGAAGUACAUCCUCAAAAUGAAGACUACUGGGGACAUGUGAACCCCAUUGGUCCCCGUGCCUGUUAUGAUGAAGGGAAGAGAGUAGCAGAAACAAUGUGCUAUGCUUACAUGAAACAGGAAGGUGUGGAGGUCAGAGUGGCUCGGAUAUUUAAUACAUUUGGCCCCCGCAUGCAUAUGAAUGAUGGAAGAGUCGUCAGUAACUUUAUUCUGCAGGCGCUUCAGGGAGAACCUUUAACUGUGUACGGAUCAGGAUCUCAAACUAGAGCAUUUCAGUAUGUCAGUGACUUGGUUAAUGGACUUGUAGGUUUAAUGAACAGCAAUGUCAGCAGCCCUGUUAAUCUGGGGAACCCAGAAGAACACACUAUCCUGGAAUUUGCCAGAUUAAUUAAACACCUUGUUGGUAGUGGAGGGGAAAUCAACUUUCUUUCUGAAGCUCAGGAUGAUCCUCAAAGGCGAAAGCCAGACAUUAGAAAAGCCAAACUUCUGCUUGGUUGGGAACCUGUGGUUCCACUAGAGGAAGGCUUGAACAAAACCAUCCACUACUUUAGGAAGGAACUUGAACACCAAGCAAACAAUCAAUAUAUCCCAAAGCCUAAACCAGCAAGGAUAAAAAAAAGCAGAAUGCGACACAGCUGAACACUCCAUAAAAAAAUCAAAAGAAGAUCACUUGAUGGUUUACAAGAUGUAAUUUUUGUUCUGCCUCUCCCGUUUGUUCCUUUUUGUAAGAGAAAAAAAAAGACUUCUGAGAGGGCAUCAUGAAGAAAACAAAAACUGGAAUUUCCCUACAAAGCUUGCUUUAAAGGAAUGGAUGUGCCUAAUAACAUUGAGAACUGCAAAUAUUGCCUUGCACUUUUUAAAAUUUGUCUAUGUACAGUAGUGUAGGACACAUGGAAAUCUCCACAUUUUAUAUAUCCUGCUUUGACUGUUUUUGACUGUCUCCGGACAGAUCAGCCCUGUUGCCGGUGGUGGGGCCAGCUAAGCGUCGUCAUUCAGUCUUUUAGACCCUGCCAAGUACAACGGGUUCAAAUGAUCAGUUUCUUUUUGAAGCUAAAAUGUUAAUAGAAAUGAAAACGUUAUUUAUGUGUAAUAAAAGUAUGAUGGGUACCUUUUACAUUUUAGAUGUAUUCUAUGCAGAAACUGGAGGUAUCGAUGCCAAUGGAGCCUCUCUGAAAUAUUGUUGAUAUAAGGUAAAUCCCAUGAAAAGUAAUGGGUUGAAAAGUGAAAAUUUAUGUCCGAAAGCUUUAUUUGUUUUUUUUUUUUUGUUUUUUUUACUGUAAAGAUGAUUUUUAAUUUCCUCAAGGUUUCACUGAGCUGUAAAUUUGAAUUUAAAAGCAGCUAUAAGGAUAUUUUGAAUCACUAUUGUGUUGUCAAGUGUACUCUUGGAUAAAAAAUAAAGUAUUAUCAGUUUA